GCAGUAGCCGUCUCAGAAGCCGGAACGUAACUGAGUGCACGUCGUGGUCGAAUAAAGGUACGCACAGCACGUAAAGCCGAAGAUUUUGAGUUCGUACAACGAUUCGACAACAGGGACACAGCUUGUCGUCGAGCACGAAGAAUCAUUGAAUAAUUGGAAGGAAAGCAUCGUCACGGUGUCACUUCGAAGCGACUGGGCUGUCUUCACGAGCGACUCUCGCAGGCAAUAUCGUGUAGCGAGACGUAAAACGAGACACUGGGGUGCACCCGACAGUGCGAUCCAUCUGUCGCGAUCCACCCACGAUCCACCCGUUCAAUUUUCACGCUAGAAGGCGGCCGUCCAGCAGGGCGAUACCAUUUUAUAUGACUUUUCUUCGACGUCAAGAAACAUCCAGGAUAUCAUCCAGAGGGAAAAGAUCGGUGUACAGCAAAGGUGGCGGUAGUAGGACACUGUCCAAGCGAUUCAUAAACGGCAACACCAUCACCUUCGCACGGUAUAAUCGUUCGUUACGAGCAACCUGUGAGUUAACCACUCCAACCUGGUACUAUCCAGGCUUUCUUAGUGGCACAAGCAACGGACAGGCAGCGUGUAUGAUCAUUGAAAACCAUCCCCCUCUGCUCACCAAACCGAGGCAAUAUCUGCAUCAAGAUACCACCCAACGAUUUCUGAACCAUCUGGUCCUGCCUAAGCACAGGACCUCAAAAUUUUCCAGUAAUAGGCAUCGGAAGUUACAGUCGUUCAGAGAAACGUGACUGACGUCGGCGGGUAGUGCGGCACACCUUACCGCAGAUAACGAAAAUCACCCUGACUCGACACGUAAAGAGCUACCAUCGGGUAGCCAUUACCUGGCAACGUCGCUGCACAGCAAUCAAACUGCCGCUGGGAAGCGUGAAAAGUAGAUCUAGAAGGACGAGGACGAAAACGUUACCUACCUGAACCAACAACAAGAUAGAGGCCGGAGGGAUCAGAGCACGAUAUCCUUAACCAAGCGAGAAAGCCACAUACGGCUUGAACAAAGUCACUCUGCUCGCCGGUUGUUGUCAAACGCGUUCACAACGUCUCGUCAGGGGUUGCUGUCACAUCUGAGGGGGAUUAAGUCGGUAAGAACAAUAGACAGAAAACAACGACGGUCACCAUGGGGAGCGUCAACGUUAAUCGUAACGUCAGCGAUGCGUUCUAUCGCUACAAAAUGCCGAGGAUCCAGGCGAAAGUCGAGGGCAAGGGUAACGGUAUAAAAACCGUUAUCGUGAAUAUGGUCGACGUGGCUAAAGCAAUCGGCAGACCGGCCACUUAUCCGACCAAGUACUUCGGCUGCGAACUUGGCGCCCAGACUCAAUUCGAUUUCAAAAACGAACGAUUUAUUGUAAACGGUUCCCACGACGCUACCAAAUUGCAAGACCUCCUUGAUGGAUUCAUUCGGAAAUACGUACUAUGCCCCGCCUGCGAUAAUCCUGAAACCGAGCUGAUGGUCAGUGCAAAGAAGGGUACGAUAUCUCAGGGGUGUAAAGCGUGCGGCUAUCAUGGCUUAUUGGAGAGCAAUCAUAAAUUGAAUACUUAUAUAUUGAAGAACCCACCGAGUCUGAAUCCGGCAGUCCAAGGCAGCUCCUUAACGGAAGGGAAACGCGGGAAACGUUCGAAACGCGCGAACGGCGACACCACCACCACAACGACCGCUACCGCGAACGGUGAUCGAUCUGGUUCCCCGGAGAAUGAAACCAGCGCCACCGACAUCGUGAUCGAAGCUCCUAAAAAGAUCGCCGACGAAGAGGGAGACGAUGUUAAUUGGGCAGUCGACGUGUCAGAAGAAGCAGUCCGAGCUCGUCUGCAAGAUCUAACAGAUGGGGCGAAGGGGAUGACCAUCACCGAUGAUCUCGAGAAGACUGAAAAAGAGAGGAUGGACAUGUUUUACAAGCUGGUUAAGUGUCGUCGCGACGCUGGCCAACUGGACAACCAUAAAGAGCUGGUUGGAGAGGCUGAACGUCUAGAGAUCAAAACGAAAGCGCCAUUGAUCUUGGCCGAGUUACUCUUCGAUCAGAACAUUGCUGCUCAAGCCAAAAAAUAUCGAGUACUGUUACUUCGUUUUACCCACGAUGAUAUUAAGGCACAAAAGUAUUUAAUCAGAGGUAUCGAGCAAGUGGUAGCCCUGCACAAGGAUGUUUUAAUGCCCAAAGUACCCGGCAUUUUAAAGCUCUUUUACGACGCUGAUAUUUUGGAAGAAAAAGCCUUAUUCGAAUGGUCGAGCAAAGUCACUAAAAAAUACGUACCAAAAGAUUUGUCUCAAGAAAUUCAUGAUAAAGCUGCGCCAUUCCUGAUUUGGUUGAAGGAAGCAGAAGAAGAGGAUUCCGAAUCGGAAGAAGAAGAUGAUGAUUUAGAAAUUGAAUAUGAUGAUAGAGCCAAACAGUCGCUAAAACCGCAACAGUCACCGCCUGCGCAGAAACCUGCUGCAGUCAAUGAUGACUCGGAUAAUGGAGAUGAUUUUGAUAUUGAUGCCAUUUAAAGUUGAAAAGAUGCUCAGCAGUCGGACAUGACGAAAAAUAUCAAAGGAAGGAGGCGAAGAAAAAUGUGUCCGAUAAACAAUGAUUAACGAUCAUUUCUCACAUGAUACAAAGAGUCGCAAUGCAAUCUCUUAUUAUACAUAGCAUUUUGUUAUUUUAGGCCAAGGAGUGAUUAUAAUGUCUUUACGCUGUACGAAAAAAAUUUUAAUUGUUUC